CACUACUCCAAUCACACGCGCGAUAUAAUCAAGGUUGGGUUCAUUGCAGGAACAGAGGAACUACUGCUGUCACUUAAAAAAAGACCAGUACAUCAGCACCAUGGGAAAGAAGAGUCGAGUGAAGAUUCAGAAGUCGGGCUCAGGAGCCACCCCGGUGGUGACCCCCAAGGAGAUGAUGAACCUGAUCGCUGAACUGCUGCAGAAAUGCAGCAGUGCAGCCCCCUCUGCUGGUAAAGAGUGGGAGGAGUACACCCAGAUCAGAGGCCUGGUGGAGAAGAUCCGCAAGAAACAGAAGGGUAUGUCUAUACUCUUUGACGGCAGCAGAGAUGACUACUUCCCAGACUUGAUGUCCUGGGCUCAGGAGAGCGGGGCGUCCUGUGACGGUUUCACAGUGGCCAACUUUGGAACAGAAGGCUACGGCCUGCGGGCCACCAGAGACAUCAAGGCAGAGGAACUAUUCCUUUGGAUUCCCAGGAAGAUGCUGAUGACUGUGGAGUCAGCCCAGAACUCUGUGAUGGGUCCUCUCUAUAGCCAGGACCGGAUCCUGCAGGCCAUGGGCAACGUGACGCUGGCCUUCCACCUGCUGUGUGAGCGGGCCAACUCGGACUCAUUCUGGCUGCCAUACAUUCGGAGUCUUCCUCAGGAGUACGACACCCCGUUGUUCUACCAGCAGGACGAGGUGCAGCUGCUGCUGGGCACACAGGCGGUGCAGGACGUCCUGAGCCAGUAUAAAAACACUGCGCGCCAAUACGCCUACUUCUACAAACUGGUACAGACUCACCCUGCUGCCAGCAAGCUGCCCCUGAAGGACAGCUUCACGUUUGAUGACUACAGGUGGGCGGUGUCUUCAGUGAUGACACGGCAGAACCAGAUCCCCACUGAGGACGGGGGCCGCAUCACUCUGGCCCUCAUCCCCCUGUGGGACAUGUGUAACCACACCAAUGGACUGAUCACCACCGGAUACAACCUUGAGGAUGACCGCUGUGAAUGUGUGGCCCUACAGGACUACAAAGAGAACGAACAGAUCUACAUCUUCUAUGGCACGAGAUCAAAUGCCGAGUUUGUCAUCCACAAUGGCUUCUUCUUUCAAGACAACGCCCACGACCGAGUGAAGAUCAAGCUGGGCGUCAGUAAGAGCGAGCGACUGUACGCCAUGAAGGCCGAGGUGCUGGCCCGAGCUGGUAUUCCUGCAUCUUGUGUCUUUGCAGUGCACUGUAAUGAACCCCCGAUAUCAGCCCAGCUCCUUGCCUUCCUAAGAGUCUUCUGCAUGACAGAGCAGGAACUAAAGGAUUACCUGCUCGGAGACGGUGCCGUCAAUAAGAUCUUCACCCUGGGCAACAGCGAGUUCCCUGUCAGCUGGGAGAACGAGAUCAAGAUGUGGACUUUCCUGGAGACCAGGGCUGCUCUCCUGCUCAAGACCUACAAGACCACCUCACAGGAGGACAGCUCCAUGCUUGAGAAAGCAGAUCUAUCCCUCAAUUCUCGCGUGGCCGUCCAGCUCAGCUUGGCUGAAAAGCAGAUCCUGGAGAAGGCUUCGGCCAGUGGACGGGCCAAGCGUUUGCACUUUGAGAAGAAGCUAGAGGAGGGAGCUCCGUUGCCUCGAUAUGAGGAAAGCGAUAUCGCUUUGCUGGAGAAUUCUGACGCAGAUUCAAAGCUUCCGAUCAUUCUACGAAAGUUGGAGGAGGUAGAAGAAGGCCAGGAGAUCCAAGUGGAGGAGCACAGUCACUUCCUGAACGGGGACAAGGCUGCCGCUGGUUUUGAUCAAGAGGCUAAUGGUGGGCUGACACUGGAGGGGAUCAGUGGAGAUGUUGAUUCAGCUUUGGACUCAAUUGGAAGUUCAACCCAGAAGGGCCAAAAGGAGGUAGCAAACCUAAGUGCUAGUUGAACUGAUGAUAGUCCCAAAAAACAACUGUGAAUAAAUGUAUUUCACUUACUGCCACAGCCCAUGCUAUUUAUAAUUUUUUUGUGUCUCUUAAAUGACUCUGAAAUAUUAAAGCUGAAAAAAUGCAAAGCUGCAGAACUUUUCAGAUUGCACGUUCA